GUCCUGGGUUUGACCCUGGACGAGGACCGGUUAGCGGACCCAGGACACACAACACUGUUAAGCCCUUUCACAACAAGCCAGGACCCAGGUUGCUUCGGCAAUAUCCCAGGUCACUGUAGAAGAGAAAAUAUGGCUGAAGAUUUGAGGCGCUUCUUGUAUAAAAAGCUUCCAAGUGUUGAAGGACUUCACGCCAUUAUAGUGUCAGACAGGGAUGGUGUGCCGGUUAUUAAAGUUGCCAAUGAGAAUGCCCCGGAACAUGCCUUGCGGCCAAGUUUCUUAUCCACAUUUGCGCUAGCCACUGAUCAGGGGAGUAAGCUGGGACUCUCCAAAAACAAAAGCAUCAUAUGCUAUUACAACACAUAUCAGGUUGUCCAGUUCAACAGGCUGCCUCUGGUCGUAAGCUUCAUAGCCAGCAGCAAUGCCAACACAGGUCUGAUCCUUAGUUUAGAGAAGGAGCUCGGUCCCUUGUUUGAAGAGCUGCGGCAAGUUGUGGAGAACUCUUGAGCUGAAUCAUCCUGUAGAUGAAUUAUAACUUGAACAUUUGGCAUGAUGAAGAGUUGUUCUUCCUAAAGCAAACCUAUAUAGAACACCCCAGAGGUGCUGUAGUUUCUAUACUGCACGGAAUGGAGAUUACAUUGUGCUGUGGAUAUGGAGCACUCUAUGCCUCUAUACUUGUCAUUAGGGUACUGUAUGUCUCCCUUGUCAGCUGUGGGCCUUCACCUGGGAAGGUGCUUCCAACAGUCAAGAAACAGUACGUCAUUGUGGGCACAUUCACUGUUUAACAGUUUUUUAUUCUUUUCAGUGAAAGAACCUGUCAAAUAAAUUCUUUAUUUACACAAGAA